AUUCAAAAAGUGAAAAUUCGUUCUAAUUGAAAGGAAAAGUUAGAAAAUAUUCUAAAAAAAAAAAACAAAAUGGCCGCAAGUGAUAAGGAAUACAAGCUAAGAGAGGAUUUCAAGAAGAAAGCCUUCGAAGAACUGCGCGAAGAUGAUAAACUCCGAACUCAGGCUCUUGCUCAGUUUAGGGAGUGGAUUGAGAAGCAUCCAAAGAUCAAAAGAUGCCGAAUGGACACGAACUUCCUUCUGAGAUUCCUCCGUACCAAGAAGUUCUCUGUCCCAGAUGCCGUUGAGCUCCUUAAGAAUUAUCUUACUACGCGGAAACUCUUUCCGCAAUUUUUUGAUGGACUCUCCUUAGACGAUCCAGUCAUUAAACAUCUAUUGACCAGUGGAUGUAUUGAAUUACUACCGGAACCAGAUAAACAGGGACGUGUCCUACUUACCUACUCUAGAGAAGGUGUCGAUGUUACCAAGCAUACGUCGACAGAUUUAAUCAGGACAAUGAAUUUGGCGUAUGAACUCGCUCUUCUCGAUGAAAGGGCUCAAAUUUACGGAAUGGCUCAUGUUAUUAAUUGGAAAGAUUUCUCCGUUGCUAAUGCAAAAAUCUGGACAAUUCCACAAAUGAAGAAUUUCGCACGAUGCAUGCAUAAGACCUUCCCCCUACGCCAUGCACUGAUCUUUAAUAUUAAUUUUACAAAGUACGGCGUUAUCAUUUGGAAGAUCGUUGCAUCGUUCUUUUCUGAAAAACUUCGAAAACGCGUGCAGAUUGUUGAUGACUGGAAAACGAUCUACGAUGAAGUUGGUACUUCAGCUCUACCAAAGGAGUACGGUGGGUCAGUUCCACGUUCUGAAAUUUCAAAGAAAAUUGUGGAACUCGCUGAGAAGCAUCGUGAUGAAAUUCUCGCUCUUAACGACUUUGAAAUUGAAAUAUCAGACGAAGAUGUAAACUUUGGCAACACCCACGAUGCUGAUCUUGAUGCAGCAAUUGUUGGGAGCUUCCGGGAAAUCGUUUUGGACUAA